AUUUUCCUGCACCUCUGUCCCACAUUCAGAUUUGAUUAUAUACAGCGUCUGCCCCUCUGAUUGAGAGUUUAGUCUCUGUGCACACUUCAGAUUACACUUUAUUUCGCUGUUUGCUGCAGAAUGGACACGAGCGAAGGCGUGCGGGACAAUGUCAAGAAAUACUACGGCAGCAUGCUGGAGUCCAGCAAUGAUCUGCAGACCAAUGCCUCUUCCUGCGGUUUGGCGAACAGGCCCACCAGCAGGAGUGUGACUGAGGCUCUGAGCCAGGUUCACCCUGAGGUGGCUAAAAGAUUCUUCGGCUGCGGUCUCCCGUUCCCGGCCAAGCUGGCGGGAUGCAGCGUCCUGGACCUGGGCAGCGGCUCGGGCCGGGACUGCUACGCCUUCAGUAAACUGGUCGGGCCCAACGGACACGUAACAGGACUGGACAUGACCGAAGAGCUGAUCACAGUGUCCCGUCAGUACGUGGAGUACCAUCAGAAAAAGUUUGGCUACGACAAGCCCAACGUCACCUUCGUCCAGGGAUACAUGGAGAAGCUGAACGAAGCCGGCAUCCAGAACAACUCCAUCGACGUCGUGCUGUCCAACUGUGUGAUCUGCUUGUGUCCGGAUAAGAAGCAAGUUCUCCAGCAGACCUACGACGUCCUGAAGGACGGAGGUGAACUCUAUUACAGCGACUUGUACGCCAGCCAAGUCAUUCCUGAUCACAUGAAGCAGGACCCAGUCCUCUGGGGUGAGGGAAUGGGAGGCGCUCUGUUCUGGCAGGACCUCAUCUCUCUGGCCCACAGCGUCGGCUUCAGCACGCCACGCCUGGUGUCAGCGAGCCACCUGGUGGUCCACAACGCCGAGCUCAAAGCUAAAGCAGGUGACAUCCGUUACGCCUCGGGAACUUUCCGCAUGUUCAAGCUGCCCAAAGGUUCGGUGAAGUCCAAGGCGACUGUGACCUACAAGGGAACGGUGGAGGACUUCCCAGACCAGCUGAACCUGGAUUCCAAUUCUUCUUUCAAGAAAGACGUGGCUGUGGAGGUAGACGGGGAGACGGCUGCCGUCCUGCAAGCUUCCCGUUUCUCCUCAGACUUUAACAUCCAGAUGUCGGAUUUACCCGAUUCUCAGUCCGGGUCAGCGCCACAGUACUGCCAUCUGAGUCCAUUUCUGCUGGCCGACAAAGCGGGAUCGUCGGUGAAACAAUGCUCCAAAACAGGCAAAUGAACAGGCAGCUGGAGCAGAAGGCCGAUCAGGGAUGAAGGAAUCCCCCUCAGCAGGGGGAGGCUGGGACGUGACGGGGCAUUUAGAUAACACAAAUGAAGACAUGGGAGGAUCGAGGCUCCUGAUCAAGUGAAAAUAACAAUCUGUUUGUUGGGAAAAAAAGGAGCUAAUUAAAUCCACACGUAGACAUUUGAUACUUUUAAUCUUGAAAGGGAUUAAUUAUUGAGUCAAAUCAAAGAGUUUUUGAAAUAUUGCACACUUGAUAACAAUUUAGUUAAAAUGCUGAAAUGACCAUUUUCUUCAGUUCAGCUUUGAAUCUACUAAUUUCCUGAUAUUUGCAGUUCAGAAAUGGGAUGUUGGCCCAGAGCUGCCUGUGUCUGCUUCCAUUUACUGCAAGAAAAUAAACCUGUGAUACUCAUGUACUGACUUAAUUUGCACAUUUAAAAAAAUUUAAUUAAAUCAAUGCAGUGACAUAGUCAAAGAAUGUCUUAGAUAUCUGAGGUAUGUUUACAGAUGCACCAU